AUGGGUCGGAGGAAGAUUGAGAUCAGAGCGAUCAAGGAUGACCGUAACCGUUCAGUGACAUUCCUCAAGCGCAAAGGCGGUCUCUUCAAGAAGGCCUACGAACUCUCUGUCCUAUGUUCGGUCGAUGUCGCAGUCAUUAUCUUUGGUCACAACAAGAAGCUAUACGAGUUUUCGUCCGGCGACAUCAAUGAAACACUGCGGAGAUAUCAAUAUUACGGUGCACCUCACGAACACAAAGGCCCGAGCGAUUUCAAGAACAAGGGCGGAGAGGAUGACGACGAUGAGGACGAGGAUGAAGAUCAGCCGGCCCACGGCCGCGAAGACUCGCUGCCGCCCCAACACCUUCCUCCCCAAUUACAACACCACAACUCUUUCGCGCACAUCCAACAGCCCAUGGCUUCCGUCUCGCCUCCAAUGCCCAAUGGCAUGUUCCAGCCUCGUCACGGCACGCCGCAGCCUCCUCAUAUGAUAUCGAGGCCGCCCUCACAGAACAUGAUCCGGCGCACGAGUUCCAACUUGGUUCCCAUGCAGCAUCCUCAUCCGACUCCUCCCCCACCACAGAAUGGAUUUGCCUAUGUUCCGAAUCCACCUAUUUACAACCCUCAAGCGACACCGCCUGUCCCUCCUCAGCCCUCCCCUCAGCCUCAAUUUCAGCCGUUUCCCUCUCAGCAGCAGCAGCAGCAACCACAACCUCCGCCACCGCUUCCACAGUCCCACCAGCAGAUGCAGCAAGCGCACCAGCAAUACCUACAGGAACAGAGACGCCAUUCGCAGCCCCCUCCGGUUUCUCAACCGAGUCUACAGCCUCCACCUCAAGCAGAAGCGCGCGUCUCCCCUCAACCAGAACAGUUAAAUCUUCGACCACCGGAGCAAGCCUCACCGCCGCAACCUAAACAUCUGUCGUCGAAAUCGAGAAGUAUAUUCACUCCGAUCGAUGAAGGAGGCUCGGUUCUGAUGCAGCAUUUCUUCGGUGCUCCGGAUCCCAAAAUCCAAGUGAAAAAGGAAGACGACUCGCCAGAGGCUAAACUUCCGCCCCGAAAUAUAACAGCCCCAACCAUCUCUCGACCCAGUUCACAAGGAGCUCGGCCACAAACCAGCGUUCCGGAAUUUGCUCCGCCCAGUCGAACUAAUACGUCAGGAUCGAAAUCCGGUGCUCGCCCGAAACUGAACCUCCAGAUACCCGAAACAGAGGACAAUGAUUCAGCCACUGGAGGGUCACCCUCACAGUCAGCUAAUCCCUCAGCAAACCCAGCUAGAGGCUCUGACCAUAUUGUCUUGCCGCCACCUUCGCCGAGCGCUUCGGCGGUCAUGUCGGCCGGAGCAUCUGGACCACCCAAUCCAUUUGCUCGACCUCCGCCGCCUACUUCGAAUGCAAAUCGUGAUGCAUACAACGACAAUCGAAACAAUAUCGAGACGCCAAUAUCCGCCCUGCCAAGUCGGUAUAUGAAUAACGAUCUUCUGCCGAGUCCGAGCAAUUUCUUUUCGGAGUGGGACCGAAUGUCUGCUGUUUUACCAAGCCCUCUCGUGUUUCCGACACCAGCAGAUGCCAGAGGGCUAGGGUUUGGAAGUAGAGAUGCAGCCCGAGAAGCUGCGAGCGAACAGGCGAACGGAGAAAAGAGGAAGGGAAGUGCUGAUCUGGCGGAUAAAGAGGGGGAUCUUAAGAAACUCAAAACCGGUGCGAUUUGA